CUUCAACUCGCUUCCUCAUGAUAUGGCAGAUGGUAAACUGCCACCACCACCGCCACCACCACCACCGCCACCACCACCACCGCCUCCGUCGCCACCACCUGCACAGCUGGCAAAUGCAGUGCCCUUCAAUGUGCGGAGAGGGCAAGCAGUCUUCAAGAAGUAUUGUUCACAAUGCCACACCUUUAAACCUGAAGGAAGGGGCACAGUCCGAGGGCCUAACCUCUUUGGAGUGGUGGACUCCACCUCUGGCACCAAGGUGAAGGAAUGGGGCGGUAGCUUUCAACGGCUUGAGGACUCCGAUUUGAGACCUCAGUGGCUUUCACUUGAAGCAAAAAUAGCGAUGGCCUCCAAUAGCGAUGGCCUCCAACCUCAGAGUGAUGGCUUUCACUUGAAGCAAAUUGAAAUAGCUUUUAUUUGCCGCAAAGGCUGGACCAAAAAAUUCGCAAGAUUUCAAGGUCAUUUGGAGCAAAGAAACCCUGUUGGUUUGGCUUCAACGCCCUUCUGAUGUUGUGCC